AUGCUCCAAACACGCCUCUCAUUGAGGAGCCUACAGACCUCCUGUAGAUGUCUUUCGUCGAUUACAGCCCGCGCAUACUCCAGCAUCGUUGACCAGAAGCCUGAAGAACCUCCCCAACAGGAGAAAGUGACACCCAACUUCGCUUUUGCUCCUCCACCCGUUCGAGAUAAAGAAAGCCUAGGUCUGCGGACCUACACCCCUCGCACCCCCGGUGUGCGACAUUUACGACGGCCGAUAAACGAUCAUUUGUGGAAAGGAAGACCCUACCAGAAGCUGACGUUCCCUAAAAGGGGCCAUGGCAAAGGUGGUCGAAAUAAUACCGGCAGAGUGACAGUACGACACAGGGGCGGAGGUCAUAAACGGAGAAUACGUACCAUCGAUUUUGAAAGGAAGGAACCAGGACCCCAUACCGUUGAGAGAAUCGAGCAUGAUCCCAAUCGAAAUGCACAUAUUGCUCUUGUCAGGUCCAACAAUACCGGCAAAAUGAGCUACAUUAUCGCUGCAGAGGGCAUGAGGGCCGGUGAUGUCGUGGAGAGUUACAGAGCUGGUAUCCCCAACGAGCUAUGGAAGAAUAUGGGCGGUACAGUCGAUCCUGGCAUGCUGGCUGCCAGAACCGCAUGGCGGGGCAACUGUCUCCCCCUCCACAUGAUCCCCGUUGGCUCAUUGAUUUACAAUGUCGGCUUAAAGCCGGACAAGGGCGGCCAGCUGUGUCGGGCUGCGGGUACCUUUGCAACCGUCACUCUAAAAGCCACUGAGGGGCUGUCAGAGCAGUUAGAGCAGGCGGAAGCUCUGUCACUAGAACAGACCGGGAAAUCCCUUACAAUGCAGGCGAAACGUAAGCUCCAGCAGCUGGCGGACCAUGUCACUAUUCGCCUGGCAAGUGGCGAAGUUAGACUUAUCCACAAGGACUGCUGCGCAACUAUUGGUGUUGCGAGCAAUGCCUAUUUCAAAUAUGGACAGCUUGGGAAAGCUGGGCGAAGCAGGUGGUUGAAUAUUCGUCCCACUGUUCGUGGUCUUGCUAUGAACGCAAAGGACCAUCCGCAUGGUGGUGGGCGAGGAAAGUCGAAGGGAAAUGUCGAUCCAAAAAGUCCUUGGGGCAAACCGGCCAAAUCUGGCUAUAAAACUCGACCGAAGAACCGUAUUAACAAGGCUGUCGUUAUUCCACGCGUACGGAACCAAGGCAAACGUCGCAGAGGUUACAACUAA